AUGUUAGUCCCACCAGCUAGUUUUGGGAUUGCUGAAGAAGGAAUCUAUAGAUGCUCCAAGGUAGAGACUUUAAAUUUAUCCUUCUUGGAGACUUUAAAUCUAAAAACUGUAAUAUACAUAGGUGGCCAAGAACCAUCAAAAUUUUUCAAACAAUUCUUUAAUAGAUUCUCUAUUGAAUGGUUUCUCAUUAGGACAGCAGAUUUUUCGAAUGCUGGAGCCCCUGUAAAUAGUAGCACAAGCCAAGAUAGAGGGAAUGAGGAGAAUGCUCUCAAUAUUAACGAUGAAAUGGUAAAGUCUGACGUGAGAACUCCUCCAGAUGCUCACAGUGCAACUGACAGAACUGAUGAGAAGCAUAUAUCCAAAACUGGAAGCGAAGUAAGGACUAAAAAACAUUUAUCGUAUAGUCUAACUGAUAAUGAUGAGCAGAUGCUUAUUAAAAGUAGUUGUUUAAAGAAAGCUUUCCGAAAAUUAUUGAAUAGUGACAGCUACAAUACUCUCUUAGUUGAUAAAACAGGUUUGAUAAUUGGUAUUCUGCGAAAAAUCCAAAAAUGGCACAUUUCCUCUAUCUUAAAUGAAUAUAGACUCUAUGCUGGUAAAAAUCAAUCAUAUUAUUCUGAGACAUUUUUAGAACUCAUACAGAUAAGAAUUGAGCAAGAUAUCGAAGAUACCGAUGAUAACAUGCUAUAUAAUAGAAAUGCCCUGGAAAACUUGAAAUUAGCUGGUAACACUGAAGUUUUGGAACAAAGAACUAAUAAUACCGUAGAUAUAACAGAGGAGGAUUUGAUGAAAUCACCAGAAGUACCUCAAAGAUUGAUAUCUAUAAUGAAAAGAGUUGAAGCUUUUGAUCAACAGAAUCCUCUAUCAGAAGAUAGUGGUAUUGUGUCGAAAGAAUUGGCGAGAAGUACGUCAAAUUUAGGUAUUUUUGGUAAUAGAUACAGAUUUGCUUUCACUAAAAGAGAAAAUGGAGAUUACGAUUACUACAAGCCCCAGAAAAGUGAGAACGCAGUUACAUUAAAACUUCCAAAGGAAUCAAAAUUGCCUGAAUGGUUCAAGUUUCAACGUGACCUGUGGGAACAAGAAAAUGUUCCUGAAGAACAUCAUUUCUAUAAGGAGCAUAUCUUUGUAUAA